AUGACACAUAGUAAUUAUAAGUCUUUACGUGAAAUUUACUAUCGAUGGCAAAAAGAACAACAACUUAUUCGAAAAAAAUACCAAAUACCAUAUAAUAUGACUUAUACAUCUAAACAAUAUUUUAAUAAACAUAUUUCGAUCAUAUCAAACGCUGAAUCUAAUAAUCUUAAACCAAAAAUCGAUAAAUUUAACAAACCUAGUUUCAAUUUUAAAUAUUGUUCGGAAUAUAAUUUCAAUUUAACUGAGUGCUCAUGUCCAAAUGAAUUACGUCAAUGUUCAAUUAAUAUAAAAAAUAAAUCAUAUUCAACAGAUAAAAUAUCAAAAAGUUCUUCAAUAAAUUUUCUUCGUGAACAACAUAUUCAGAAUGACUCAAGUUCAAUCAAUUUUUCAUCCAAUGAACGAACAAAAUCAAUACAUAAUAAAAAACAAUAUGUUUUACUCGAUUGGAAUAAUCGUCAAUCUCUUAUUGAUUUUAUUCGAACAACUAAACUCAAUAAAAAUCUUUCAAAUAUGACAAUCGAACAAUUACAUGAAUUAAUCAUUAAUCAUGAUCAUAUUCAUAUAUUUCAUUCAAUUAUUGAUUUGAUAGUUUCUAUGACUAAAGAAGAACGUCAAAAAUUUCUUUGUCAUAUUUAUAUUGAUCCAUCUUAUUAUUCAACUAUUCAAGGCACUAUUCCAUUAUUUCAAUCACAUUUAAUUGCUGAUAAUAUUAAUCUCGAUCGUGUUCUACAUAGUAUAGAAAAAAUUGCAUUUUUACUUGGUGUAAAACUUGAUCAAUCGAUGAAUAACAUUCUACAAGAAAAACUAUCAAUAAAACAACGACAAUCAAUAUUAAAUCAACAAUCGCUAUUUAUUGCAUCAAAAAUACCUUUCAGUACUUUUGUUCAUGCUCAAUAA